UUUUAUGAAAAGAUUUAAAAUGUGCCUUUAAGUAAUGACCAGAGCAGAGAUGGAAGAGCUUUAUUUUUAGAGGAUACAACUCAAGGUGAAUAAAGUGCACACUUGUUGAGUGGGUGACUGUCAGCGUGGUCCUUAAGGACAUUUAAAAACAUCCCAUAUAGGUGGAGUUCAGUGUUUUCAGUGAAACGGGCUCUCUUGUCUACGCAGCUCGACCAAAUUCAAAGGUGAACGAGUCACUCUAAAUCCUUUCUGCUACACUGAUCAUAAACGUGUUAUUAGUAUUCAAAUGGAUGGGUUAUGCCUGCUUCCUAGAUGCUCUUCUUUCUUCCCUUCAUAGUUUCUUUACUGUUGAUGUGUGUGUGGAAAGGCGAGGACGGCACAAGCCAACCAGGAGACUUGUUUGUGUUUGCUGAAUCAGAAGUCAACAUCAAGACCCUCACAAUCAACAGGACUGGCUUUCCGUAUGGAUGUGUGUGUGUGUGUGAGAGAGAGAGAGAGAGAGAGAGAGAGAGAGAGAGAGAGUGUGUACACUUUCAGGGGCUGUAUACAGUGUUUUCUACAUAAAUCCAACACCAUGUUUGGGCGUGUGCGUGUCACUUAUCGUUAUUUAUUGUCAUUUAUUUGAUGGGGUAGUAAAAAUUCUCCUUAUUCCCAGAUUAUCUUUUACAAGAAUGAAAAACGCAUUUGGGCCAUGUGGGCACAUCAGUGCGGAUGCAUCGCCUUUGGCUGCUGACCUUUAACUGGUCUUUAGCGGGUGACGGUCUCAGAGCUCUAGGAUACGCAUUCCCUUUCGCAGGCAUAUGAAUUAUUUCCACACACAUGAACUCAGAAAAAAGGCUUUUAUUUAUUUAAUUUAAUAAUAAUUUUUUUGUUUUUUUGCUGCAUCAGUCUGAUUUGAAUCCAGGAUUUUUACCUCUGAGCAUCCCAGAAGCUGCAUUUUGCAGAGGCUGCAUUUUGCACGUACAGAAUCAUUCGAUGUUAGGUAACAGCUUGGGUUGCUUAAACAAGUGGUGAACUGAUGACUCAGUCCUUGCAGUGUUGUCAGACGCAGUCGUAGCUCCAUUGCAGUUUACAGCGGUGAGUGGAAAGAAGCUGGAGUUACACAUAACAGCUGACUGAGCAACAGAUCCCUGGUUGUUACAUCUGCAUCCUGUGCUCUGGACAGCUGGAAAGACCUAUUGAUUCCCAUUCUGUGGAGUACAAUAUCAGCUUGGAGCAACAAGCUCCCCACCACUGCUGUGUUUUUGUACGUGUUUGUGCUUAGAGGAGCUGACAAAUCAUGGGGAAACACAACAGCAAGCUAGCCCCUGAGGUCCUCGAUGACCUGACCAAGAGCACCGAGUUUAAUGAGGCGGAGCUGAAGCAGUGGUACAAAGGCUUUCUGAAAGAUUGUCCCUCUGGCAUCCUUAACCUGGACGAGUUUCAGCAGCUCUACGUCAAGUUUUUCCCUUAUGGCGAUGCCUCCAAGUUUGCUCAGCACGCGUUUCGAACCUUUGACAAAAACGGCGAUGGGACCAUUGACUUCAGGGAGUUCAUCUGUGCCCUGUCCAUCACCUCCAGGGGCAGCUUCGAGCAGAAACUCAACUGGGCCUUUAACAUGUACGACCUUGAUGGGGAUGGGAAAAUCACACGCAUGGAGAUGCUGGAAAUCAUUGAGGCCAUCUACAAGAUGGUUGGCACCGUGAUCAUGAUGCGUAUGAACGAAGAUGGGCUGACUCCUCAGCAGCGCGUCGACAAGAUCUUCUCCAAGAUGGACAAGGACCACAAUGACGAGAUCACCCUGGAGGAGUUUAAAGAGGCGGCCAAAUCUGACCCUUCCAUCGUCUUGCUGCUGCAGUGUGACAUGCAAAAGUAGAAGGGGAGGGAGGAGGGCUAUGAAAGGGGAUGGGGUGGGAGGGAGGAAAGGUUGGGGAAACAGAGCAAAAUAGAAACCAGGGCAGGGAGGAGGCUGAGGAAACUGUGAGGUGGGAGAAGAAAGGGAGGGAUGCAGCUAUUUGGAGGAGAGAGAAGCACCGAUGAGUGGAAAUGAGCCAAGCUUGAAGGAGGUUGAUGCUAUUUUCUUCACCAUGCUGUCCUGCUGUGCAGCUGCUUUAACAUGUACAGGUGUCCCUCUUGGUCCGUUUGACACAGAUCAAGUCACUCAUGCGCUCACGCUGCCAUGCUCUGUGGCUCACCUGUAAGAAUACCAGGCUGCAGGGUGGCAUCCCUCAGUGAUUGCCAGAGGGAUUCUGAUUUUUCAUCUGUUGCAUCCACGUUGGGGAUGGCAUCAAGCAAACUAACUUGUUCAUUAGGAAAGUCAUGAAUUUUUACUAAUUUAGAAGGAAAUGAGCAAAUGUUCAGUGUGUUUAACUGUCUGUAAUAUGCCGAUGAGCAGAGAUGUGUAUGCAUUUGGUUGGUUCAGGAGAAAAAUACUCUAAUGAAGCACUUUGUUGUUAGCAUUCAUUCAACCUGAAGUCAGAUUUCCCGAUCAGUUUUGUGGAGCGUUUCUGUUAGCGUUGUUGUCCAUCUGCUUCAUUCUUCAGACACAGGACGGGCAUCAGCAUAGAGAGGCCGCACCCUGAUGAGAUUCAUACACAGAAAGUCAAUAUUUAAUCAAAAAUGAUUAACUAAGACGUGUCUGAGCCCCUCUUCAUAGCUGUGUGUAAUUUGAGACAGCUGACGCCAUCUUGUUGAUAGGAAAGGGGAGGAGAUGCAUCACUGGUAGUCAGGAGAAUGGAAGACAUGUUUAUUAUAAGAUCAGUGUAUCUCAAUCAUUCUGCAGAAGCGUAACGCAGGGGGUGGUGGUGGGGUUCAGCUGUUAGCUUGACAUCAACUUGAGUCUCCAUUUAGUGGAGGUUGUUUCUCAGAGGAACGUUGAAGGACGGGUAGGGAGGCGUGACUGAAGUUGGCAUGAGGUAUGAUGGAUGAGCAGGUGAGUUAGUCACAGAGGAUGUGGCUGGUGCCUCGGGGGUUUCAGCAGUCUCAGAGGAGAGGUUCUCGCGAGGAGCUAAAGCUGCAAAACAAGCUAGCUAACACAAACACGCUAAAAAACUGUCACACCUUCCACCAGCCGUCAUCCCUGUAGGCCACGUCCACCUGAAAUCAGAACAUUGCCUGAGGAAACGAAAUAUCGCUAAACACCAGUCAGUUUUCUACCUCCAAACGUCUUUCAUUGUUCAUGACUUCUAAUGGUGUUUGUUUUUGGGACUCUGGUAGUUCGUCCUAAAGUUGAAGCGGUAGCAGCCGACUGUUUCUCCUCCUCUGAUGAGUGGAGAACCUCUCACACCAGUAAAUGGUUUGCAUUUGUAUAGCACCUUCUUAAGGUUCCACAACCCCCACAACAAAAUCAGUCAUCCACCCAUACACACCCAUUUACACGCUGGUGGUAAUUGGCUAUCAUGUAGCUACAUCUUCCCUGGGGUGCACUGAUGGGAGCGAGACAGCCAAGCACUGGCGCCAUCGCUCCCUCUGACGUCCACCAGGCUAGGUGGGUUAAGUGUCUUGCCUGAUGACACAACAGCAGCCUUCUCUGGCCGGAGCUAAAGUUGAACCUAUGACUUCUGUUCAUGGACAACCCACUCUACCGCCUGAGCUACUGCGGCCCCAAGUUGUGUUCUGUUGCUAAACACGAGCGAGCAUGAUAAGUGGAAACCCCGGGGAAAUGCGGAAGUGCAGCAGUUCCAUGAAACUGACGACCAGAUGGUGCAAUUGUUGGUUUUGGUCCAAGCCGUGUCAUUAGCAGAGGUUUUUAGACAAAUGCGAGAGAACAACUUUAUUGUCCAUUUUUUUAAAUCUCCACAAACACCAGCCUGUAGCUCCGGUUGGCCUGCACCGGUCCUCAUCGGACUCAUUCAGCAGGCCUGAGUCUGAAAAUGCUAUGAACGAGUAAUUCCCCAAACUGGUGUCAGGAUCGCACUCUGGGUCACCAAGAACCACACAUGUGGUCUUAACCAAUGAUAUUCUCUUCUUUCUUCUUCUUCUAAGAUAAUUUCUCAAAAUCAAAAUAGAAAAUACUAACUAACUAGUCAAUCAAACGGUCCCAAAUUAAUGUAGGAAGAUAUGAGCUGAAGGAGUUUUCUUUAUGCUCUGAAUUGUUUAGCUUUGUAAGCAUGUUUGUUUAGCCAGAGGUCUUGAUAAUUGGUCUUUUGUGGGUCUGAAGAUGAAAAACGUGAGAACCACUGCCCCUAAACACCAAAUUCUUGUGUACUUAGAGUAGAUAUGUAUUCAGUUUCAGUGACAACUAGAAGAAAGUGGGAUAAACCGGAACAGACAAUUACACGUGAUCAUUUCCCUCAUUUUUUAUUCUAGCUGGAUGUUUUUUUCUUCCUCAACUGAAGAUGUUUCCUCCCUAAACGCUCAGAACAAGCCUCCAUUGUGAGAUAGUGUAUUAAAACCUACAUGUACAUUAAAACAUGACUUUAACUGUAUCUAUGAGUAUAUAAGAUGUAAAUGUACUAUUAGUGCGUGCAAGAGUGAAUGUAUGCCUGCGUCGUGUUUCUGAAUAGACAUGAGUAGUCAUGAAAGGUGUGUGUGUGUGUGUGUGUGUGUGUGUGUGUGUGUGUGUGUGUGUGUGUGUGUGUGUGUGUGUGUGUGUGUGUGUGUGUGGCUCUGGUGCGAUUGUUCAGUGUUUUGUAUUUGUAUCAUUGUGUAAGUCGAGCUUAAUUUUGUAAAAAAAAAAAAAAAGAUAAAUAAUUGGGAGUAAACAUUUCCCUCAUUUCUGUUUACAUCAUACAAUGUCAACCCCGUGGAACUUGUUUUGUUCACCUCCUGUCGUAAAUGUCAGCCCUGACUGGUUGUUAUCUGGUCCAACGCGGGAGAAGAGCGCUGCCGGUGUGAGGGAUGGAAGUGGUAAAGAUGUCGUCCUGUGUCACACUUUCACCCAGUGGAUUGGAACGUUGUCACCCUUGACAAUACCUGCUGUGUUUUAUAGAUUCAGAUGAAAAAUUAUUUUAUUUUUAUUUUUAAAUGCCUGUUAGAGGGAUGAAAGGACAACAUUUGUCACUCGGACUAGACUGAAAAUGAAAAAAGUUAAAAGAACAAUGCAUUCAUGGUUUUAAGAGCAGCUCGAGGUCAAGUGUGCAUGAGCCUCGCAGCCUUCAGGAAAGGUGUUCCUCAGGGCUGUUGUCUGGGAUCUGAGGCAAAAAGAAAAAGAGCAGAAAUAAGCAACUUUUCAAUUAUUUCCUUUAUUUUUUUCUUGAGCAAAAUAAAAAAAUAAAUAAAAAGGGAUGUGUGGAAAGUCACACUCAUCAGCUCAUACCUCAAUAAAUGACUCUAGAAGUGUCUCAGAUCACCAAUGUUUUUCUUCCAUGUUUAUCUUUGAAAUUAAAGCAGAAGUUUGCAGUUUUUUCUCAGAGAGAACAUCUAGAGUUGAAAUAAAUGGACUGCAACUGAAAAGCCUCUGAAAGCCACACUUCUUGUAUGUGAACGUGCACCUCUAAAGCUACAACACAAUGUUUGUAUACAGUCUUACAUUACGUUGUUCAUUCAUAUAUCUUUAAGACUUAUGUGUCCGUGAGAAAUGUCAGCAGCUCUGCGUCUGUUUAGGUGCAUCCUCAAAUGCUUACGUCUGCUCUGUGAUUGACAUUUGUAAUGUAAGUGGAUGGCUAAUGCUAUUGGCUAAUGCUGAGCAGUGCUCAGUUUGAAUUGCAUGGGGCUCUAUGGGACAGGUUUAGCAAAAAUAAAACGGAUGCGUUGCCUGCAUUACAUCACAGUACAGAGUGAGUAUCACUUUUACCAGUUUCUAAAAAAAUCAUACACAGCUGCUGAAAAGGUGGAAAACUCUGGAUUUCUGCUUUAAACAGUGGUGUUUAAGGUGUUCACGUACAUCCAUGUGGCUGUUCUCAUUGCUUCUCCCUUGCUUUGUUAUUGUGAUCCCCUGCAUUGUCGUCCCAGACACGGUUAAUCAGCCAGUUUCACGUGUCUGAGGGCAGCAAAACAGUCUGACUGGAACAGAUUGGCUUCGCUGUGUUGUCCGUCUUUGCUCUGUUGUACUGAUUAGACUCUGUCCAUCCUCAUUAGUGCUCUAGUGGGAUCUCCACCACUGCCAGCGCACAGUUCAGGUGACAGAAGCCCAGCACACGUGGAUCUCCUGAUGGCGAAUGAGUUGUGCUCUGUUGUGCAACAUGACGAUUUGUACUUCUCAUCUCUAAAAUGUUCAAGUAAAUGUCUAUUUGUCCAUCUGGAUCUUAUAUAUUCCUGUGUUACUUUUUACUUGUUUUCUAGAACAAAGGCAGUGUAAUUAUUUUUGUUACACAGAAUAAAACACGUGUGUCAGGA